AUGCCAUGGAUUGUGUCGCUUGGAUCGCCAAUGAAAUCAACAACAACCGACAUCUCCUGCCACAAGACGAGCUAUAGUACGAGCAAACCCAGACACCGACGUUUACGAUCAGCGCGAAGGAGGGAGAAUCUUUGUUCGAUCAUUGCCAACUAAAGCAAAUAUCUCACACAGAUUUACGUUGUGAGGACAACAGAGAUGAUCACGAAACCGGACCUGCAAUUCGCGAAAGCUUCACAGCCGAAGCAAGAGCCAGACGAUUACGACGAAAGAGACGUGCUGCUCGGACGUCGCCAUGCGAUCAGAAAUCGACAGAAUCAGAAAUGGACAUUGGCCGAACUGUGGUCAUAGAACGUGAAACAUCACAAUCAAUAUCAGGGAAUUGCAACAACAUCCUCCAACCAUUCCUGAAACGCAAGAACCCGAGACGUUCCAACCACCGUCCAAUAUUUCUCCCAGCAGCAGCGACCAACUGCCCGAAGUUGACAUGCAUCAAUCGAAAGCAAGGGAAAAUCCACCAGCCUCGGACAUUGAGAGGGAUGAGGCAGAGACUGUCCAACCGCCGUCGAAUAGUUGUGAUACCGUCCAAGUACCUGAAAAUGAGGACGAAAUGUAAAGCUCUGGGGAAGGACUGUCCAGCCUGCAGAUGGCUCGCUCUUCACCAACAACUGUUUGGAUGCUGAACAGCAAAAGAUAUAUGGGGAAGCAACCUCGUUCCCAGGGUCUCUCCUUCUGUCAUCUGGGAGAGACCCUGGCUGUGGCUGGUCACGUGCCUCCCAGAUUCUGGGAGGUAAAUUUAAUUGUAACUGUGAGAGUACGGUGGCCCACACCAGCAACACAGAAAUAUAAUAGAAUUGCGGAAAAAUAUUUCUUAUUACUGAUACAUCAUAAAUAUAUAAAGAGUACAACAAAUAUAUUUUCAGUACGCAGAAAUAUUUCUCAGUACGCAGAAAUAUAUUUUCAGUACGCAGAAAUAUUUCUCAGUACGCAGAAAUAUUUCUCAGUACGCAGAUAUAUAUUUCUCAGUACGCAGAAAUAUUUCUCAGUACGCAUAUAUAUAUUUCCAGUACGCAGAAAUAUUUCUCAGUACGCAGAUAUAUAUUUUCAGUACGCAGAAAUAUUUCUCAAUACGCAGAUAUAUAUUUUUCAGUACGCAAAAAUAUUUCUCAGUACGCAGAUAUAUAUGUUCAGUACGCAGAAAUAUUUCUCAGUAAACAAAUUCAUACGAAAUUGAAGGAAAUUUUCUUAGCAAAAGAGGAAGCACCGCCUAAACUUCACACGUGAGCAAGAUGGCCGUGAAUCAGUCGAGCGCGAAGUUGUGCUCCAAUUGUGGAUUUUCUUUGGAAAAAAAACUUUUGUUUUUGCCCAAAGUGUGGAAAAGACAUAAAAAAUAAUGCCAACGUCAAAGAAGAUGAAAAGGUCAAGACUGAAAUACCCUCCGACAAUGCAAGUAGUAGCAGGAGAUUCGCAAUGCCAAGGUUUUCCUUGCCAAGCUUUCGCGCCUUUAAAGCCAAGAAAGAAAGUGAACGACAAAAUUCGUUUUCCAAAAAGAGUGCCACUAUUAACAAGAAAAGAAAAAUAGAAGACAAAGUUACUAUACAAGUUGGUGUAAUGGAUGAAUACUUCAAAGUAAAACGGGGGGGAAACGAUUCCGUUAAAGAUUUCUUCGACCGCCUCAGCACAUACGAUUCUUGCAGCAGCGAUUAAAAAGCAUGGUGAUUUUAACAGGCGUUUUGAGAAUGACAAUGGAAACAACUACAUGUUGGUUUUCAAAGAUGGCGGCGAUAUUGAGUUUAUUCCAGGCACUGACCCACCAGAGCCAUUCACUUUACAGCGGUAUACAGAAGUAUCAGGAUUUGGGUAUUCUAGAAUAUAUUUAUAUCUUUUACCCAUCUUUGACGAAGCUGAGCCGGAUAGAUUGAGUAUUAGUGACAGUGAAGAUGAAAAGGAUGAAUUGCCAGCAGUCACUUGGUUAACAAAGAAUGCUAUCUCACAAAGUAAGAUAUUGAAUUUGUAUAUUAAUGCACCUAUCAAUGUUAAGCCCCAGAGGGGGGGGGGUCGGGCAUAGGUUGGGCAUUUGAUUUUUUGAGCAAAUUCUCAAUCAAAUGCCCCACCGUCAGGCAAUAAAUAUUGGUCAAAUACCCCACCAUUUUGCAAUAAAUUGCAAUAAAUACUAUAUUAAUAAAAGUCAUUUGGUUCAAAUUGCCCCAACUUGGGACCAAAAUGCUAAUCACAAUUGGGGAUGCAAUUGAUGAUCAAAUACCCCACAUAUGCCCAACCAACCCCCCCCCCAUCUGGGGGUUAACAUUGAUAGGUAAUACCAUUCAUUUUUGAUUGAAAUUUCAUUUCCACUCUAAUAUGUAUAGGGCCAUUCGGCCCAUUCCAUUUAAUGUACACACCUCCAUAUGGACGAGUUCAAUAAAAUUUGAACCCUAAGAAAAAAAGAUCAAAGUGCCGACACAAACACACACACCCCAGAAAAUAAGAAAUUUUUUGCCUUACCCCUCAGAAAAAACGCAAAGAUCAAAGGAUGCCGAUGCACACAACCCCUCAGAAACAGCUUUUUCAGACCCUCUCAGAAGUUCUUGUCCAUAGGGGUGUGUGUAUAUUAAAUGAUGGCCCAUAUGUAUAUAAGUAACAUCAGGGGCAUAGCCCUCCGGGGUAAUUGCAGAUAAAUUUCCAGCAGAUUUUCAGGUAAAUUCAGGUAAUUCUCAGGGCAUGAAAAGUGAAUUUUGUGCUCUGAUCAGAAUUAAUGGUCAGUAAGUAACAUUGUCAAUUGAUCAGUAGUUACUUAUCUUCAUUGUUAGGCAGUACUAAAAUAUUGAAAUAUGAAUAUUGAAUACCAUGAUUUGCAUACCGUUUGAAAGUAUUUGAUAUUUAUCAGGUCAUCAGGUGGCCAGUUUGUAAUGGUAUAUGGUUGUAUUAAUCCACAUGCCAGCAGAAAAUAACACUUUAACCGGCAAAUGUAAACAAAUAUACAAAAAUACACACCUAUGAAAUAACCUUAAUUUUUCAUUGCUUGAAAACUAGAACAUUAGCACUUAAAAUUUUGUUUUAAUUUAAUUAUUCAUGAACUUCCCAGGAGAGACUUGCUAACUCCGAAAAGAACUUGAAACUGUAUGGGUCUAUUUAGACAUACAAUGACAUAAUAUAGACACAAUUGCCAAUGUUCAGGUGUUUUGAACAAGACCCUUGACGCACGACCCAUGCUAAAUAUAGACAAUCUCGUCUAAGGCAGGCAAUUUUUGUUUAUCCUAGGCAGUGAUGCUAAAGAUGCCACAGAUGCCACAGAAACCAUGUAAGUGUGUGGUACUUAUUUAAACUAUAGACAUAUUUAUAUUAUGUUCUACAUAAGAAAUUGAUCAACUAACAGAACUGCUCAAAAACUGUACAAAAACCGUCCAUAAUAACACCAAGACAUGGAUUAUUAUUAAAUUGUUUUUAGCUUGUAACAAUAAAAACUUUUAUGAUUAUAGUAUGUUAUGUCAUUUUUAAUUCAUGGUUUCUGUAUUGAACCUUUCAACUUGAUGGCACCAUGUACUGCAUAUAGAUAUCAUUUUAUUUACUUACUCUAGUACUUACAGGUAUUAGAGAGACAAGUGAUCUAGCUAAAACAUAAACAAGCCAUAUACCAAUUAAUCAACUGAGUUGUCCUGGUUCAACUGUCACAGUGUGAAAAACUAUACAAUACUUGAUGGUAACAGUUGUAAAUCAUUUUUAUAGUGACCCAUGGUCAGUGGUUGAUAGUGACAAUGAAGAUGAUUGUUUGGCUUCAGUUAUUCCAAUGCAGAUGAAUGGGUAUUGUAUUGUAAUGUUUAACCUUAUAAGUGGCUUUGCACACAGUGAGGUAUGGUUUAAUUAAACCAAGCUUGAAGCUGCAUUGCCUACUGUGAGUGAGUACUUUUUACAUUCUGUGUAAUGUGAGUCUGACAAUUACUAUCCCCAAGGGAAAAUGCUGUCAAUGGAUUAUAAAUUUACCAUAAAACACUGUGUUUUUACCAUUCAUGACAAAUCAAAAUCUACAGUAAACAAAGGUUUGAUUAAAUUUUAUUGACUCCUGCCAUUCGGUGUAAUAACAUAUGUCCAAAAAUAGAGUGUUGAAAUGCAUUUGCUUAAAUGUCAUGCAGUUCAUAUGUUUGAUUGAUAGAGACGAUGUUCCGACCAGCACUGCUGCUGUGUUUGAUGUAGCCCUGCUGUUGAACAACCAUAUUGGUUCAGUUUUGUUAUUUUCUGCAAGUGUGGUACUGGUUAUUCGAAGAUCCAAACCAUGGAAGAGCUAUAUUAGAGAGAUGACACAACAAAAUGUUGAUGAUACCAUGGAUUUUGAGGUAGAACUAAUCUUCCAACCUUCUGAAUUAAAAUGACUGGGCAGUAUCGGGCAUAUCUUGUGUGCCCCUCCCCCACACCUAAUGAUUUAAGAAGUUCGAAAUUUUGUUCUUAAAUCUUAACAUUUUGAACUAAAGCUUUGAAGUAAAUUAAUGCAGUUUUGUGGCUAUAGUCACUAUGGUACAGUAUGUUACACAUAAUAAAGAUGUAACUGGAUGUGAAGGAAAAUAUUGUUGUCAGGUCGAGCAUUUGACGAUUCUGUGUUUUCAAUUCAAUUUUGGAAAUUGUCGUUCAUGCCAUGGCACCAUUUUUAUAUGGUUCUAUAUACCUUAUAUUUUUAUUUUUAUAUAUAAGGAAAAUUUAAUUUGCAUUUGCAUUGCUGAUUGUCUUGACUGAACUUGUUGCUGUUUGAUCAUUAUAGGGUCUUAAGUGCAACAGAAAUUUACAUGCAAUUUAAUGAUUUUAUUUUUGUUUGUGUUUAUAGGUCAAGUUUACUGAUAGCAUGGAGACAGUUGAUGACAAAGGCCCAAAACGCGAAUUCCUAAGGUUACUUAGGAAUGACGUUAUUAGACGCUCAGGGUUGUUUCAGGAGACAGCAAAGGUGGGAGCGUAUGUUCUGACACACAAUGCUGAUAAACUUAAUAACCACGAGUAUUAUAUGGCUGGAAGAGCAUUCACUAUGUCAUUAAUCUUUGGAGGAGAUCCACCAACAGUUCUUUCACCAUCGAUUUACAGUUAUAUCACUGUUGGCUAUGAUAAGACCACACCAACUAUAGAUGAAGUCCCCUAUGGUCCACAUAGAGAAAUUCUUCAGAAGGUGAAUUUUACAUUCAUAUCAGUACAAGCCUAUAAAUGA